CGUCUUCUUCCCCGUGUUUCUUUUGCAGUCUGCCUAUUCUGCCAUGCAAAAUCCCAAUUCUAAUCGAUAAAACCCUAAAUUCUUAAUUUCGAAAAUUUUAUUUUCGUUUCCUUUGAUUUUAAUUUCUAAUAAUCCAAGCUCAAGCUCCCAAAAAGAAGAAGAAAAAAAAGGAAAUGAGCAAUUUGAGGACAGCUUGUAGACCGCACAUGGUCUUUUCUUCGUUGAUGUGUAGUAGCAGGCUCUUCCACCUCCAUCAAGCACGAUCCAGAAGUAGGGUUUCCUUUCGAAACCCUGAUUUCAGGUCGUCUUCGUUCUCUCCGUGGUUCCAUUUGUCCAGAAAUUUGAGCAGGAAGGAACCGUGGUUUCGGGCCAAUCAAAGGAGAACUGCCGUUAGGGCAUCGAAUUGGUCCGACCAAAAAUCUCCCUAUGAAACUCUUGAGUUAGAAAGGGAUGCUGAUGAAGAACAGAUCAAGACUGCAUACAGACGUUUGGCCAAAUUUUAUCACCCUGAUGUGUAUGAUGGUAAAGGAGCUCUUGAAGAAGGUGAAACUGCUGAAGAAAGAUUCAUCAAGAUUCAAGCUGCUUAUGAAUUGCUCGUAGACGUGGAGAGACGGAGGCAGUAUGAUAUGGAUAACCGAGUCAAUCCAAUGAAGGCAUCAGAAGCAUGGAUGGAGUGGCUUAUAAAAAAGAGAAAAGCUUGGGAUCAGCGAGGAGAUAUGGCUGUCUCAGCUUGGGAGCAGCGCGAGCUAAAUCUUCGUGUUCGCCGUCUUUCUCGUUCUAAGAUAGAUCCUGAUGAAGAAAGAAAAAUAUUGGCGAAAGAGAAAAAAGCAUCAAUAGAACACUUCAACAACACUCUUAAACGGCAUACCCUAGUGAUAAAGAAAAGGGAUUUGAUGCGAAAGAAAGCAGAAGAGAAGAAAAAGGUCAUAAGUCAGCGUUUAGCUGCAGAAGGCCUUGAGCUUGAUACAGAUGAUGAAUCUCAGUAGGAAAUGUUGUACAUAUGGCCCGGCCCCCUACUAAAUUCUUUACGUAGAACUUUCUUCGAUCCCCACGCAUAUUCGCAUAUACAUACUUCUGUGCUUAAACGAAAGGCAAAAAGAGGAAAUGUAUAAAAUUGU